AUGCGACGGCAUCACUAUCAUUCAGUCUGUUCGGACGUCGACUAUUUGCGUAGUCAAAUGACGCUGUUUGUCUUCAUUAAACUCUCUCUAUUCGUGGGCCUCGCUGACAUUUUAGCCUAUUACAUUUCCAGCCGCCACAGAACGCUACGAGAGCGGUACGAGUGGCUAAAACAGCUGAACUUGGCGGGAAAUAAAUAUCUAUCUAUCUAUCUAUCUAUCUAUCUAUCUAUCUAUCUAUCUAUCUUAGUCUGCUCAUUUCUAUCUAUCUAUCUAUCUAAGUCUGCUCAUUUCUAUCUAUCUAUCUAUCUAUCUAUCUAUCUUAGUCUGCUCAUUUCUAUCUAUCUAUCUAUCUAUCUUAGUCUGCUCAUUUCUGUCUAUCUAUCUAUCUAUCUAUCAUCUAUCUUAUCUGCUCUUUCUAUCUAUCAUUUCUAUCUAUCUAUCUCUAUCUAUCUUAGUCUGUCAUUUCUGUCUAUCUAUUAUCUCUAUCUAUCUAUCUAUCUAUCUAAGUCUGCUCAUUUCAUUAUCUAUCUAUCUAUCUGCUCUUUCUAUCUAUCUAUCUAUCUAUCUAUCUUAUCUAUCUAUCUAUCUAUCUAUCUAUCUAUCUUAGUCUGCUCAUUUCUAUCUAUCUAUCUAUCUAUCUAUCUUAGUCUGCUCAUUUCUAUCUAUCUAUCUAUCUUAUCUGCUCAUUUCUAUCUAUCUAUCUAUCUUAGUCUGCUCAUUUCUAUCUAUCUAUCUAUCUAUCUAGUCUGCUCAUUUCUAUCUAUCUAUUUUACUCUGCUCAUUUCUAUCUAUCUAUCUAUUUUAGUCUGCUCAUUUCUAUCUAUCUAUAUUAGUCUGCUCAUAUAUAUCUAUGUAUUUUAUCUUCGUGUUUUCAUAUCUCUCUACAUUAAUUUUACUGUGUUCAUAUCUAUCUAUCUAUCUAUCUAUCUAUCUAUCUAUCUAUUCAUCUAUCUAUCUAUCUAUCUAUCUAUCUAUGUGUUCAUCUCUAUAUAUUUUAUCUUAGUAUUCAUAUCUAUCUAUCUAUCUAUCUAUGUAUCUAUCUUAUCAUAUCUAUCUAUCUAUCUAUGUGUUCAUCUCUAUAUAUAUUUUAUCUUCUAUUCAUUCUAUCUAUCUAUCUAUCUAUCUAUCUCAUAUAUUUUAUCUAUCUAUCUAUCUAUCUAUCUAUCUAUCUAUGUCGACAUGGUCUUUUCAUUAUCUAUCUAUCUAUCUAUCUAUCUAUCUAAUUUUCUUCAAUAUCUAUCUAUCUAUCUAUCUAUCUACCUCAGUCUGUUUAUUAUCUAUCUAUCUAUCUAUCUAUCUAUCUAUCUCAGUCUGUUUAUUAUCUAUCUAUCUAUCUAUCUAUCUAUCUAUCUAUCUAUCUAUCUAUCUACCUCAGUCUGUUUAUUAUCUAUCUAUCUAUCUACCUCAGUCUGUUUAUUAUCUAUCUAUCUAUCUAUCUACCUCAGGCUGUUUAUUAUCUAUCUAUCUAUCUAUCUACCCCAGUCUGUUAAUUUAUCUAUCUAUCUAUCUAUCUAUCUAUUAUCUAUCUACCUCAGUCUGUUAAUUUAUCUAUCUAUCUAUCUAUCUAUUAUCUAUCUACCUCAGUCUGUUAAUUUAUCUAUCUAUCUAUCUAUCUAUCUAUCUACCUCAUCUGUUAAUUUAUCUAUCUAUCUAUCUAUCUACCUCAGUCUGUUAAUUUAUCUAUCUAUCUAUCUAUCUAUCUAUCUCAGUCUGUUAAUUUAUCUAUCUAUCUAUCUAUCUAUCUAUCUCAGUCUGUUCAUUAUCUAUCUAUCUAUCUAUCUAUCUAUCUAUCUAAGUCUGUUCUUUAUCUAUGUAUCUAAGUCUGUUCAUUAUCUAUCUAUCUAUCUAUCUAUCUAUCUAUCUAUCUAUCCCAGUCUGUUCAUUAUCUUGCUAGCUAGCUAG